AUGGAACCAUGGAAUGAUACACGACUUUCAGAAUUUCUUCUUCUGGGAUUUUCGGAGGAACCAGAACUGCAGCCCCUCAUCUUUGGGCUCUUCCUUUCCAUGUAUUUGAUCACUGUGUUUGGAAACCUGCUUAUCAUCCUGGCCGUCAGCUCAGACUCCCACCUCCACACGCCCAUGUACUUCUUCCUCUCCAACCUGUCCUUGGUGGACAUCUGUUUCACCUCUACCACCGUCCCAAAGAUGCUGGUGAACAUCCAGACACAGAGCAGAGUCAUAACCUAUAAAGGCUGCAUGACCCAGAUUUAUUUUUUCCUACUCUUUGGAGUAUUGGAUGACUUCCUCCUGACCGUGAUGGCCUAUGACCGCUAUAUGGCCAUCUGUCACCCCCUACACUACACAGUCAUUAUGAACCCCUGGCUCUGUAUACUGCUAGUUCUGGUGUCCUGGAUAACAAGUGCCCUGUAUUCCUUGUUACAAAGCUUAAUGGCUUUGCAGAUGUCUUUCUGUACAGACUUGGAAAUCCCCCACUUUUUUUGUGAACUCAAACAGGUAGUCCAACUUGCCUGUUCUGAAAAGUCUCUUAAUAGCAUCAUGGUGUAUUCUGGAGUUGGGCUACUGGGUGUUGGUCCCCUCACUGGAAUCCUUUACUCUUACUCGAAGAUUAUUUCCUCAAUACAUGGAAUUCCAUCAACUCAGGGGAAGUAUAAAGCAUUUUCUACCUGUGCGUCUCACCUCUCAAUUGUCUCCUUAUUUUAUUGUACAGGUCUAGGAGUGUACUUUAUCUCUGCUGCUACUCACAGCUCACAGGCAAGUGCAGUAGCCUCAGUGAUGUACACCGUGGUCACACCCAUGCUGAACCCUUUCAUCUACAGUAUGAGGAACAAAGACAUAAAGAGGGCUCUGAAAAGAUUCUUUGAGAUGCCAGGAAUAAGAAUAACAGGAUAA